AUGGGUAAGGAGAGUAAAGAGUCCAAGGAACCUAAGGAAACUAAGGGUGAAGACAACUACGAGGCUAGAUUGCCAGCCGUGUUACCAUUUGCCAAACCAUUAGCUUCUAAAAAAUUGAACAAGAAGCUAUUAAAGACCACCAAGAAGGCAUCAAAGGCUAAGAAUGUUAAGAGAGGUGUUAAGGAAGUGGUAAAAGCUCUAAGGAAAGGUGAAAAGGGUCUUGUUAUCAUUGCAAGUGAUAUUUCUCCACCAGAUGUCAUUUCACAUUUACCUGUCCUAUGUGAAGAUCAUUCAGUACCAUACAUCUUUGUACCUUCCAAGCAAGAUCUAGGAUCAGCAGGUGCUACUAAGAGACCAACUUCUGUUGUUUUCAUCGUGCCGGGUAGUAACAAGAAGCAAGAUGGUAAAUCUAAAGAAGAAGAGUACAAGGAAUCCUUCAACGAAGUGGUUAAAGAAGUGGAAGCAUUGUAA